UGAAACAUCGACAUUUCAACCUAUUACUGUAACAACUGAAGUGCCUUUUACUUCACUCGAUGUCACUGUCAGCUCACAACACUCUACUAAUGGAAUGAUGACAGUUUAUGCAGCCUCAGAAAGCGGGAUGAUUGUUGCUGGUACAGAUGGUUUUAGAGCAGAACUGGGAAAUACUCUGACCAGUGUUCCUCAAACUCCAUCCAGCAGAAGUGGCAGCAUUACUUCACCAGCUGAGAAAACUGGAAGCUCCUCUGUCACCAGUACUGUAGCUGAGAUAUCAACGACCAUCGGCACCCAUGCUGCAGAAAAGCUGAUUAUAUCUUCCUCUGUCACCAGUCCCCCAGAGAUUCAAGCUGCAGAGAGUUCUUCGACUACGGAGACCUACAUUACUACAUUAAAGACAACUUCCGAAGCAAAAACUACAGCAAUAACGAGAACAGAGACACUUUCACAGACAAACACAGUUCCUGAAAGCACAGUUCUAUACACCUCAAUUAUAACUGACACAUCCACAUCUCCUAUAGAGACCACAUCUACAACAGAGAGGACAACAAUAACUAGUAACACUGGAGCUGAAGAGACAACCACGCUUCCCCUUCUUAAAACUUCAGAACCUGGGAGCACAGCUACAGCCACCUCAACUUUUCCAGAGACCUCCACAACUCCUGUAGAAACCCCAACCCCAACAGAGAGGACAACAAGAACUAGUACCACUGGAGCUGAAGUGACAACCACAAUUUCCCUCCCUGCAACUUCACAAGCCGAAAGCACAACUGCAGCCACCUCAACUGCUCCAGAAACAACCACAGUUCUGCAAGAGACCACUUCCCCAGCUGAGAGUACACUAAUAAUUAGUACUUCUACAGUAGAAGGGACAAACACCCUUCCCCUUCUUAGCACUUCACAACCUGAAACCAGUGCUGCAGCCACCUCUACCACAGGAAUAACCUCCACCUCUCCUCUAGAGACGACAUCUGCAGCUCAAACUACAGCAAUGACUAGCAGCACUAGAAGGGAGGAGACAACCACGCUUCCUCUUCCGAAAGCUUCAGAACCUGGGAGCACAGCUACAGCCACCUCAACUUUUCCAGAGACCUCCUCAACUCCUGUAGAAACCACAACCCCAACAGAGAGGACAACAAGAACUAGUACCACAGGAGCUGAAGUGACAACCACAAUUUCCCUCCCUGCAACUUCACAACCUGAAAGCACAACUGCAGCCACCUCAACUGCUCCAGAAACAACCACAGUUCUGCAAGACACCACUUCCCCAGCUGAGACUACACCAAUAAUUAGUACUUCUACAGUAGAAGGGACAACCACCCUUCCCCUUCUUAGCACUUCACAAUCUGAAACAACUCCUGCAAACACCUCUACAAUAGCAAUAACCUCAACCUCUUCUCUAGAGACGACUUCUGCACCUCAAACUACAGCAAUGACUAGUAGCACUAGAAGUGAAGAGACAACCACGAUUCCCCUUCUUACAACUUCAGAACCUGAGAGCACAGCUACAGCCACCUCAACUUUUCGGGAGACCUCCACAACUCCUGUAGAAACCACAACCCCAACAGAGAGGACAACAAGAACUAGUACCACUGGAGCUGAAGUCACAACCACAAUUUCCCUCCCUGCAACUUCACAAGCCGAAAGCACAACUGCAGCCACCGCAACUGCUCCAGAAACAACCACAGUUCUGCAAGAGACCACUUCCCCAGCUGAGAGUACACUAAUAAUUAGUACUUCUACAGUAGAAGGGACAAGCACCAUUCCCCUUCUUAGCACUUCACAACCUGAAACCAGUGCUGCAGCCACCUCUACCACAGGAAUAACCUCCACUGCUCCUCUAGAGACGACAUCUGCAGCUCAAACUACAGCAAUGACUAGCAGCACUAGAAGUGAGGAGACAACCACGCUUCCUCUUCCGACAGCUUCAGAACCUGGGAGCACAGCUACAGCCACCUCAACUUUUCCGGAGAUCUCCACAACUCCUGUAGAAACCACAACCCCAACAGAGAGGACAGCAAUAACUAGUACCACUGGAGCUGAAGUGACAACCACCAUUUCCCUCCCUGCAACUUCACAACCUGAAAGCACAACUGCAGCCACCUCAACUGCUCCAGAAACAACCACAGUUCUGCAAGAGAUCACUUCCCCAGCUGAGACUACACCAAUAAUUAGUACUUCUACAGUAGAAGGGACAAGCACCCUUCCUCUUCUUAACACUUCACAAUCUGAAACCACUCCUGCAGCCACCUCUACCAUAGGAAUAACCUCCACCUCUCCUCUAGAGACAACUUCUGCACCUCCAAUUACAGCAAUGACUAGCAGCACUAGAAGCGAGGAGACAACCACGCUUCCUCUUCCGACAGCCUCAGAACCUGGGAGCACAGCUACAGCCACCUCAACAUUUCGGGAGACCUCCACAACUCCUGUAGAAACCACAACCCCAACAGAGAGAACAACAAUAACUAGUACCACUGGAGCUGAAGUGACAACCACACUUUCCCUUCCUUCAACUUCACAAUCUGAAAGCACAACUGCAGCCACCUCAACUGCUCCAGAAACAACCACAGUUCUGCAAGACACCACUUCCCCAGGUGAGAAUACACCAAUAAUUAGUACUUCUACAGUAGAAGGGACAACCACCCUUCCCCUUCUUAGCACUUCACAAUCUGAAACCACUCCUGCAAACACCUCUACCAUAGCAAUAACCUCCACCACUUCUCUAGAGACGACUUCUGCACCUCCAACUACAGCAAUGACUAGCAGCACUAGAAGCGAGGAGACAACCACGCUUCCUCUUCCGACAGCUUCAGAACCUGGGAGCACAGCUACAGCCACCUCAACUUUUCCGGAGACCUCCACAACUCCUGUAGAAACCACAACCCCAACAGAGAGGACAACAAGAACUAGUACCACUGGAGCUGAAGUGACAACCACACUUUCCCUUCCUUCAACUUCACUACCUGAAAGCACAACUGCAGGCACCUCAACUGCUCCAGAAACAACCACAGUUCUGCAAGAGACCACUUCCCCAGCUCAGACUACACCAAUAAUUAGUACUUCUACAGUAGAAGGGACAAGCACCCUUCCUCUUCUUAACACUUCAAAAUCUGAAACCACUCCUGCAGCCACCUCUACCAUAGGAAUAACCUCCACCUCUCCUCUAGAGACAACUUCUGCACCUGCAACUACAGCAAUGACUAGUAGCACUAGAAGUGAAGAGACAAAAACGCUUCCCCUUCUUACAACUUCAGAACCUGGGAGCACAGCGAUAGCCACCUCAAUGUUUCCAGAGACCUCCACAACUCCUGUAGAAACCACAACCCCAACAGAGAGGACAACAAGAACUAUUACCACUGGAGCUGAAGUCACAACCACAAUUUCCCUCCAUGAAACUUCACAAGCCGAAAGCACAACUGCAGACACCGCAACUGCUCCAGAAACAGCCACAGUUCUGCAAGACACAACUUCCCCAGCUGAAAGUACUCCAAUAAUUAGUACUUCUACAGUAGAAGGGACAAGCACCCUUCCCCUUCUUAGCACUUCACAACCUGAAACCACUCCUGCAGCCACCUCUACCACAGGAAUAACCUCCACCUCUCCUCUAGAGACGACAUCUGCAGCUCAAACUACAGCAAUUACUAGCAGCACUAGAAGCGAGGAGACAACCACGCUUCCUCUUCCGACAGCUUCAGAACCUGGGAGCACAGCUACAGCCACCUCAACUUUUCCGGAGAUCUCCACAACUCCUGUAGAAACCACAACCCCAACAGAGAGGAUAACAAGAACUAGUACCACUGGAGCUGAAGUGACAACCACACUUUCCCUUCCUUCAACUUCACUACCAGAAAACACAACUGCAGGCACCUCAACUGCUCCAAAAACAACCACAGUUCUGCAAGAGACCACUUCCCCAGCUGAGACUACACCAAUAAUUAGUACUUCUACAGUAGAAGGGACAAACACCCUUCCCCUUCUUAGCACUUCACAACCUGAAACCAGUGCUGCAGCCACCUCUACCAUAGGAAUAAUCUCCACCUCUCCUCUAGAGACGACAUCUGCAGCUCAAACUACAGCAAUGACUAGCAGCACUAAAAGUGAGGAGACAACCACGCUUCCUCUUCCGACAGCUUCAGAACCUGGGAGCACAGCUACAGCCACCUCAACUUUUCCGGAGACCUCCACAACUCCUGUAGAAACCACAACCCCAACAGAGAGGACAACAAGAACUAGUACCACUGGGGCUGAAGUGACAACCACCAUUUCCCUCCCUGCAACUUCACAACCUGAAAGCACAACUGCAGCCACCUCAACUGCUCCAGAAACAACCACAGUUCUGCAAGAGACCACUUCCCAAGCUGAGACUACACCAAUAAUUAGUACUUCUACAGUAGAAGGGACAAGCACCCUUCCUCUUCUUAACACUUCAAAAUCUGAAACCACUCCUGCAAACACCUCUACCAUAGGAAUAACCUCCACCUCUCCUCUAGAGACAACUUCUGCACCUGCAACUACAGCAAUGACUAGUAGCACUAGAAGUGAAGAGACAACCACGCUUCCCCUUCUUACAACUUCAGAACCUGAGAGCACAGCUACAGCCACCUCAACUUUUCCGGAGACCUCCACAACUCCUAAACAACUUCUGCACCUCAAACUACAGCAAUGA